UAGAGGGAAAUGAAUGCUGCAGAGAUGCUACCCAUUGUCAAAUUUCGCUUUCAAUUUGUUCAUCCUUUUCUCUCUCGUGACCUUAACAACUUCAUCCGAGCAAGAGGGAGUAAAAUCGGCGGUUCGUCCUUUUUUCCCUCCCUUCUCCCUUUUGAUGUAUCUGUUUGAUUGAGUGCACGGACAUGGUAGGACCUUCGAGACCUCAGUUCGUUCUUUUUGGAUCUUCCAUUACUCAGUUCAGCUUCUCCAAUGGCGGUUGGGGUGCUAUACUCUCCGAUGUUUAUGCCCGCAAAGCAGAUAUAUUUCUACGAGGUUACUUAAGUUGGAAUUCUCGGCGCGCUGUACAGGUUCUUGAUCAGGUUUUUCCAAAGGAUGCUGCUGUGCAGCCUUCUUUGGUAAUAGUUUAUUUUGGUGGUAAUGAUUCAAUGGGUCCCCAUGCAUCUGGCCUUGGCCCUCAUGUGCCACUUCCUGAAUACAUUGAUAACAUGAGAAAAAUUGCAACUCAUAUCCAGAGUCUUUCAGAUAAAACGCGCCUUAUCUUUUUAACAUGCCCUCCGGUGAAUGAAACCAAAGUUCGUGAAAGUUCAAGCAAGUUUCUCAGUGAACUGGUGAGAACAAAUGAGUUGUGCAAGGCGUAUGCCCAAGCGUGUGUAAAGCUGUGCCAAGAAAUGGGUGUAAAAGUUGUUGAUCUUUUUAGUGCCUUCCAAAAAAGAGAUGAUUGGAUGAACGUUUGCCUCACAGAUGGGAUUCAUUUAUCAGCUGAAGGAAGCAAAGUAGUGGUGGAGGAGAUCAUGAAAGUUCUCAAGGAAGCUGAAUGGAAGCCAUCUCUAUUCUGGAAGUCCCUUCCAACCGAGUUUGCAGAAGACUCACCUUACGAUCUUGUUGCAGCCGAUGGCUCAAAAACUCUCAACGGGUCCGAUUGGAUCAUUCACCGAGAUAUCAUGUGGGAUUAGUUUUGUUCUCAACCUCCCUUGCAUUGCCCCCUCCCCAUUGCAGCCAUCUUACAGAUAUCAGUUGCUCAACAAUGGCCAGACAUGCAAGAAUUCCAUAGAAGGCAGAAGGGAAUGUAAGAGAAGUAUGCAGCACUUGAUCUUUCAUUGUUGCAAUUACAAGCAGCAGAAAAUUUUAGGAUUGAGUGGAUAGAAUGUUGUAUUAUAAAUUAGUAAUAAGUUUUUCAUAAGCUUCUUGGAAAUUAAUAAUAUCAUAUGUGCUGCUUUAUUUCUGUACUGAACAUCACACAGAGACAGCAGGCAAGCUCAGCUGAUGUAGCCAAAAGUAGAAUAUUUGUACCUCAGUAGUCCCUUUAUAAUUAUUUUUCAAUUCAUAUUACAUAUAGAUGGAGUAAAUGGCUUUGAUUUGAA